AUGUCAACCAGUGUUACCAUAACCUCGAAUCCAACAACAACAUCUACAACCCAACAACCUAUUCGAAAGCGUUCGACUGCUUCUCGAGAUGGAAGUGGAGGUAUCGAAGUGAAUACAUGUUGUGGCUCCGUCUCCAUGUCCAAUACCAAAUGUCUGGUUGUAGUUGUUCUCCUUCUCAAUAUUAUUGCAUUCUGUGUACUGCUGGCUCUCUUAAUUGAUAUUUAUAUUGGAAAAGUCAACCAAAACUUGGAAUCCAUCACCAAGAGAGGUGAUGCUCUAUUAUAUUCUGAAAUUCUUUCUUGUAGUUCGAGGAUGGCUGCUUCUUCCUCCAAUGAGAAUAUUACCAAAUUCUUCCUCGACAGAUAUGAUGAAUAUCAUCCAAAAUAUAUGGCUCUGAUGAAUGAAAUCAUUAAUUUGGUUCCUGCAAGUGCAGUUGGUCAAAUUCAAAGUGAAACCAAUGAGGCCAACAAUAUUACAAGGGAUGAAUCUGUUGUAAUGGAGGAAGAGGCCAUUAGUUUAGUAAAGGCAGGUGAAAAGGAUGAUGCAUUGGAAAUUUUAGAUGGUUCUGAAUAUGCAUCUGAAAAGGAGGAUUAUGAUUCUGAUUUAAAGGGAUAUACAGAUUAUAUUCGUACUGAAGAAUUGAAAAAGGAUGCUCAGACCAAUGAUAGAACAUUGGCUUGUUUGAUUCUCAUAUGUUGUUUGAUGGCAUUAGUUUUACCUGUUGUGGUCAUUUCACUGGUGGCCUCCUUCAGUAGAGAAAAGCAAGAACGUGCCAAAUUGGAAAGAGCCAAAGCAAUUGUUUUGAAUGAUACAAUGGCAGAUCCAAAACUUAAAGAGCUUUUCAAAAAGCAUUGUGAGCAAGAGUUCAGUAUGGAGAAUUUCCUCCUCUUGGAAAGAAUUGCUGAAUACAAGAGUUUGUGUGAAAAGAGUUUUGACAUUCAAGUAUUCCUCUAUGAUUCUAGUUCUGAUGAAGUCUCAACAAAUUCUGGAAACACAACCAAGACAAGUGUUUCAACAUCAACAUCAAAUUCUUAUUCCAAGGAUCCAAGCAAAAAGCCAUCAGGCUACAAUGAGAAGGAUUUGGAAUUGGUUGAAAAGCAAAAGAGAGAUUUGGCCCAGAAUGUCUUUGACCAAUUCUUGAACAUUAAUGGUAUCAUGCCUGUCAAUGUGAAUAAGAAGAUUGCUGAUGAUAUUCUGCUUGAAAUUCAAACAGCAAGCAAUAGUUUCCAAAAUUUAACUUCUCCAACUGAUAUGGAACUGGGUUCAAUUGGUGCUAACACUAUCCUCUUGUCAGAUUCAUUAUUUGAUGUUCUGGAGAAUGAGGCUCAAAUUGUAAUGUUAGAUACUCACACUAGGUUCAAACAAUCACUUGCAUUCCAAAAGAAAAUGAAAAUCGACAGCAUUAAGCAAAAGAUGAAUAAUAAUAAGAAAAAGUAG